AUGGAGCGGCUAUCCCUAGACAAGCAAACUGUCGAGGAUUUGUUAGAAUCGGCAAGGAGUUCAUAUAACGCUCGGCAGAAGAUUGUCGGGAACAGUGUUUCAGAAGACCUUGAGGUUCAACUAGAAGAGGCCAGAGCGUCGUCGCGGCAAUCCGCUGAAAGUUAUCGCAUUGAUGAUGUCACGUUACGCCAGUUGUUCUUGAGCUACUUCACUGCAGCUCCAGAUAAACGUCCGGAUAUCGCUCUGCUGUUGGCAAGUAUUCUUCAGUAUCCACCUGAAGAUGUUCAAAAGAUUCGACAAGCAGUCAGCGGAAGAAGCCCUCAACGCCAAGGAAACCCGAGCGGAAGUGUUUCGUUGGUGGAGCAAUUCAUCCGAUUUCUGGAAAACGAGUCUGAGUCGGCAAGUACGGCUCCACAUCUUCCUGUGGCACCGCGAGGACCUGCUCCAGGACCGUCCAUCGCACCACCGCCUAUUACCUCACCCGCAUUACAACCAAAUAGUCUAGAUGCGGUGUUGAAGUGA